ACUUUGACUCCGCCCUGCUGACAGGACAGGAAGCAUCUCAUUUUCACAAUGAGAGUUCAAAGUGAGAGCAGAGGAAAAAGUUCGAGAAAUAACUGAGAGAAAAACUGAGCGCUAAGCAGAAGCAACAGCAGAAACGCCUUCAGACAGAGCAAACUCUCCUCGAUGAAGUGCGGAGUGAGAGAAGGAGGGCAGAUGUGAUGAGAUUGGGUGUUUUUGUAACUGUGGGCAGAAGCUAGACAGAGCUAGCUUUGCUUCGAGAACCGAAAAGGAACAUGGCGAUGGCCCAAGAGGCAGUGAUCCAGUAUGAGCCGGUGGCUGAGAUCGGUGGCGGGGCAUAUGGUACCGUGUAUAAGGCUCGGGAUCGAGAAAGCGGACAGUUUGUGGCCCUGAAGAGCGUCCGCGUGCAGACGGACCAGGAAGGCCUUCCCCUGUCCACUGUUCGAGAGGUGGCCCUGUUGAAGAGACUGGAGCAGUUUGACCACCCAAACAUUGUCAAGCUCAUGGAUGUGUGCGCCACCCUGAGAACAGACCAGGAGACUAAAGUCACUCUGGUGUUUGAACAUGUGGAUCAGGACCUCAAGACGUAUCUGGAGAAGGCUCCAGCCCCGGGACUGCCUAUUAGCCGAAUUAGGGAUCUGAUGCAGCAGCUGCUUUGUGGUCUGUCCUUCCUGCACUCUCAUCGAGUCAUCCAUCGGGACCUGAAGCCGGAGAACAUCCUGGUCACUAGCAGGGGUCAGGUCAAACUUGCUGACUUUGGCUUGGCUCGCAUUUACAGCUGCCACAUGGCGCUCACCCCAGUGGUGGUGACUCUGUGGUAUCGCUCUCCGGAGGUCUUGCUCCAGUCUACCUACGCAACACCUGUAGACAUCUGGAGCACAGGCUGCAUCUUUGCAGAGAUGUUCCGCCGCAAGCCUCUGUUCUGCGGAGAGUCAGAAGUGGACCAACUGACAAAGAUUUUUUCGGUUAUUGGCCUGCCCGGCGAGGAGGAGUGGCCUACUGAUGUCACGCUCUCCCGACAGAACUUCAGCCCCCAAAAUCCUCAGCCAGUCGCAGACUACGUUCCUGAGAUCAGUGAAGAGGGAGCAGAUCUUUUAUUGAAAAUGCUAACUUUUGACCCCUUGAGGAGAAUCUCAGCCUUGAACGCUCAGGAGCACCGCUUCUUCUCAGAGCCCGGCGUUAAUUCUUAGGACACAGUGGCUGAAAUCUCUUCAGUUCUGUGAAAGAAAGUGAGGGAGAUGCUUGUAACGUAAAUACAUUAAGCACGUCUGGGCUGUUUGUUUUAAUGUGGGUUCACGAAUCAGACCGAUGGCCGGGGACGAGCGGGUCAUGGUAUCCAUGGAAACUGACUCCCAAACUUGUGUUGUUGAAGACAGGUUGGUGUAAAUGUUGUACAUGAAGGGUAGAUUUUUAUUAUUUUUAUUUUAAACAACUAAAAUCCAGUCAUCUUGAUAACAUUUGGGUACUGAUCCUAUCUGUCCAAAAGUCUGUAGACGGAGCUUCUUCUGAACUUAACGGGAGUUUUUGGAACAUUGCUGUGAGGAUCUGAUUGGGCAUUAGUGAGGUCAGGUACUGAUGUUGGAUGGUCAGUUUUGGAUCACUCCAACUUAUCCCAAAGGUAUUGGAUGGAGCUCAAUCACUCCAGAGAACACAGUUCCACUGCUCCACAGCCCAAUGCUGGGGGGCUUUAUACCCCUCUAGCCCAUGCUUGGCAUUGGGCAUGGAGACCUUAGGAUCAUGUGCAGCUGCUCCACAGUGUCACAUGCUAUUGCUCGGUGCUUUUCUAUGGAGAUUAUACAAGCUGGGUCGGCAGUGGGUGCAGCUGAACUCAGUAGAAGAGCUGUUUGGAGACUUUUGGACAGAUAGUGUAUGAAAAUGGUAGCAUUCAUGAGAAACAGUACUCGGUGAGUGAAAGCAAGCAUUAAAAUCUUUUACAGCCUCACAGUGCGUACAUAACAAAUGCCGUCAGCGGUGUAGCAUCUUAUACCUCUUACUGCCAAAUCUUCCUAUCAGGCAUUUCAUUUGAGCAGCAGAAACCUUAAAAGGGCCCAAAUCUGACAUUAGUCUUGUCUUUGUUUUAUUCUCUGAGGUCCACUUAUGAUAUUUGUGUGGUUUUGUGUACCAAAAACAGUCAUCAUUCAUUUCUAUGUGAUCAUUUUCCAGCCUCUCGUUAUCUCUUACAAUUAAACAAGCUGUUUCUGUUGCUGUGUCUUUAGGAUAUAUGUUAAAAAGCUCUGUUCUGAUUGGCUGCCUCUUUCAAAAAGCAGUCUGGACUGAAACGCUCCUUAUAACUUCAGCUUGAAUGGGCUAAACUGCAAAUAUAAUGUCCAGAAAUUGAAUUUCAGUCAGGUUGUUUUUCAGUCUGGGCUUUGUGGACUGAGGAGUGAGCGUUCUGUUUUGAAUGUUUUGAAACUUCAACAGUAUUUACAUACACGUUUCAUUUAAAAAAAAAGUUUUCCAUGAUAUGGGCUCCUUAACGUUUCUGUUAACUGGACUGCUGUCAAAAGCGUAAUGCUAAAGCGUUCACUGGUUGCUGUUUUCAGUAAAUAAGUUUAUAAAUAAAUAACGUUCUGGUGGAAUUUGAAAGCCAGGAUUUGCAAACUGGCACUUUACUGACUGCAUCACAGUUAAAUCCGUCUAGUUGUGUUUUAAAGUACAUUUUCAUGACUUCUCUAAAUUCCACUUUUUUAUUUUACCUCACAGCCAAAUGCUAGCAUCCAUGCCAGGAGAAAAAAGAUUAGGACGUCUUGGGCUGGGUGUCUUCAAAUAACUGACCUGCCGAUUCAACAACUGGCCCAAAGAGUGUCCUAAGUAGAUUAAAAAGGCAAGCUUAACUGUUCUAGCCUAAUAACACAAACAUAUUUAACUGCCAAUAAAUGUUACCCAAAAUAAUAUGCAAAUCUAACACUGUGUGCAUUAUUAACUUUCCAAAAUCAUUAUUUUCAUUAUGUAUUUUAGAUGAUUUCUAUUUUUAUAAACAGCGAUGAUCAACACAGGGCAGGAUUCUACACUGCAGUGCCCCCCCUUAACAGUAAUCAGUAUGAAUGAACAUCAGGGCACAUAAGGUGAAAUAAAUAAGCUAAAGUGCUUUUUCACUCUUUCUCCAGCAAGAUUUCCAUUUAAAGGGGAAUUGCACCAAUUUUAAAAUUGCAGCAAGAUUGAAAUGUAAUCCGAGUGAUUCAGAGUGGUUUGGUGUGAAAUUCUUCAGAUUUCUUUAUAGUGGUGGUGAUAGGAACCAGGGGCCACCAUGACUACAACACAAAUACAGACAU